AUUCGUCCAACUUGAUUCAAAAAAAUCCAACUACGGAGUACUUGUAAUAUUUAGGAUGCAAAUUUUUGAAACUUCUUUUGUCUAAGCCCACAAAACAUGAUUGGACCGGUGGGUUUGGGCGAGAAGUCCGGCCCAUGUACCAGCUAUUAACAAUACGGAAUGGAUGCUCAAAUCUGCAAUUUCUCGGCUCUCUCUGUCCUCUGUUGCAGAGAUGAAGAAAACACACACACACAGUUGAGCCGAGGCCUGAGAGAGAGGAUCGUGCGGAGACUUAUAGCGAAAAGAUACACGUUCAUCUUCGUCUUCUUCUUCCUGUUCUUCCCAAGAACCAAUAUUAUGAACUAAUCACCAUGUGUUGUGGUCUUUAGGGGCUUACAACAUUCACAUUCUAAUAUGGAGGGUAUUGAAGGUGAUGGUCCAUUAGCUGCUGCUGCACUGAACCAAAAGAGGCAUGAAAUAUCAAAGGUUUUGCAGUAUUAUUUAGACAAAACCACACCCCAUGCUCUGUAUAGGUGGAUUGGGACCUUUGCCUUUGCAUGUCUUUAUGCUUUGCGUGUGUAUUAUGUCCAAGGAUUCUUCAUCGUCACCUAUGGUCUUGGCAUCUACCUACUGAAUUUGCUGAUUGGUUUUCUGUCACCUCUUACUGACCCAGAGCUAGAACCUUCAGAUGGUCCUAUGCUGCCUACAAAAGGCUCGGAUGAAUUCAAGCCAUUCAUUCGCCGGCUUCCGGAAUUCAAGUUCUGGUAUGCCAUCACUAAGGCGUUUUGUGUGGCAUUUGUCAUGACCUUUUUCUCCAUGUUCGAUGUCCCUGUCUUUUGGCCAAUACUGUUGAUCUACUGGAUUGUUCUCUUUGUGCUCACAAUGAAACGCCAAAUCAUGCACAUGAUCAAGUAUAGAUACCUACCUUUUAACAUUGGAAAGCAGAAAUACGGUGGGAAAAGAUCUGCAUUCAGUGCCAGCAGUCCCAGAGCAGACUAAACUAUUUUCUGGCCACAAUCAGAGCUUUGGGUUGUCACUUUAUCUUUUACUAUGGAUUUGUACUUAGGUUAAUGUGGAUUUGAAUAUACGGUGUUGGCGAAAAUGUAGUAGCUCCAUUGACAAUGCAAACUAUUGUUUGUUUUUGUGUUACAUACUCAACUUUAUUUUAAGACAAUUAGACUGAGGAUCAAUUUUUUGAUGCAUUUCUACCUGAUUGUCUUCCAAUUGUUCAAGGUCUUGAUGAAUGAUGAUAUACUAUGUGUAGUGAGGAAUUGUAUCAAGUUUUGUAUUAUCGAAAAUGCCCGACCUGGUUGCAAACUCGGCCUGGAACCGCUAAACUCAAUGCG